UUGGGCUAUUUUUAAUAAAAAUUCUUGUUGGACAAAGAGAGGAGAGGGCCAACAACGUUUUGAAUCAGAGAAGAAACGGCCACAAAGAAGAAGAAAGAAGAGAAGUCGAACUGACCCGCCGUCACCUCCGCCUCCGCCUCGCUCCUCUCAGGUCAGCUUCUCUUCGCUCUCUGUCUUUCAUCUCGUCACUCAAUCUCUGGCUUUCAUCUCCUCUGCUAACUCUCUCUCUUUCUCUUCGCCGCCACAACAGAGCAACUAAGAGAUGAAGAAGACGGGAAAAAGGUUAGACGGAGGAGGGAGGUCGCUCUCUGAACAAAAGCAGAGGGUUCUUCGUUGUCGUUUGGAGACCUUCAAGCACCUUCGCUCCUCCUCUCUGGACGAAAUCGUCCACCAACUUCGCAAUAAUUACCGAGACUACCACCGCAUCAAGCUCCAGUCUUUCACCAAGUUCGUCCAGCAAACGCUAGACUCGCCUUCCUUUAAGCAAUCCAAAACCCUAAUCCAUGUCAGUGACUUAGAAGAAGAUGAAGAUGAAGAUGAAGAAGAAGAAGAAGAAAACGGCCAAAGCAAUUCCCAGAGAAGGCGGAAGCGUGCUGCCAGUAAGGGCGAGGAUAAAUUGCAGCGAAUGGAGUCUGCUCACCUCAGAAGGGUUCGUCAAAAGAAUGGUGACCGUCCAUCUACAUCUUCUUCUGAUGAUGAUGCUGAUGAAGAUGGGUCUGUGUCGACGUCGGAGGACGCGAUAUAUAGCGAGAAAGUGGACCCGGAGUUUGAUGUGAUGAAAUCGAGUCUCCGAGCAUCGUAUAUGGAAUCGAACAGCGCCUUGAAGCCCAAGGCAGCCGAGGAGCAGAAGGAGAAGAAUGUAGAAAUGGAGCUUCCUGGGCGCGAGCAAGUUGAGUUAAUGGGUGGAAAUGGAGGGCCAGGGCGGCCAAAGACAUUGCAAACACCUGAAGCCAAGGGCUCGGUUUCUACAGGGGUUGAGGUGAAGGGAAGCGAGGGGCCGAGGUUUAGUGACUUAGGUGGGAUGGAGAAGGUGAUAGAGGAGCUGAAGAUGGAGGUGAUUGUGCCGCUGCGCCAUCCCGAGCUGCCUCGGUGGCUCGGAGUCAGGCCAAUGUCUGGGAUUCUGUUGUACGGCCCACCCGGGUGUGGCAAGACCAAAUUGGCUCAUGCCAUUGCCAAUGAAACCGGCAUUCCCUUUUAUAAAAUUUCUGCUACAGAAGUCGUCUCUGGUGUCUCAGGUGCAUCUGAAGAAAAUAUAAGAGAGCUUUUUUCUAAAGCUUAUAGAACUGCCCCUUCAAUUGUAUUUAUUGAUGAAAUUGAUGCAAUUGCUUCAAAAAGAGAAAGUUUGCAACGAGAAAUGGAGAGGCGAAUCGUGACACAACUAAUGACUUGCAUGGAUGAAUCUCACAGUCUUGUACAACCGGCUGAUGCAAAUUCCAACUCUGAGAGUUUUGAUAAUAAGUCUGGCUAUGUUCUUGUUAUUGGAGCUACCAAUAGGCCUGAUGCUGUUGACCAUGCUCUGAGGAGGCCUGGGAGAUUUGACCGUGAGAUUGUUUUAGGUGUUCCAGAUGAAAAUGCCAGGGUUCAGAUUCUUUCUGUGCUUACACGCAAUCUAAGACUUGAAGGUUCUUUUGAUCUUCUUAAAAUAGCCAGGUCUACACCAGGGUUUGUUGGGGCUGAUUUGGCAGCCCUGGCCGACAGGGCUGGUAACAUUGCCAUGAAAAGGAUUAUACACAAGAGGAAGACUGAUAUGUCUAUAGAUUCUAUGAAUGAGGAGUGCAAUGAAGAGUGGUGGAGACAACCAUGGUCGCCUGAAGAAAUGGGAAAGCUUACUAUCAGUAUGGCUGAUUUUGAGGAAGCAGUUCAAGUGGUUCAGCCUUCAUCAAAAAGGGAAGGAUUCUCUGCAAUUCCUAAUGUAAAAUGGGAAGAUGUUGGUGGGUUAGAUCUUUUAAGGCAGGAAUUUGAUCGUUAUAUAGUUAGGCGUGUUAAAUAUCCUGAGAACUAUGAGGAAUUUGGAGUAGAUUUAGAGACAGGAUUUUUGCUCUAUGGGCCUCCAGGAUGUGGUAAAACACUGAUAGCGAAGGCUGUCGCUAAUGAAGCAGGAGCCAAUUUCAUUCACAUUAAGGGCCCUGAACUUCUGAAUAAAUAUGUUGGAGAAAGUGAGUUGGCAGUUAGGACAUUGUUUAGUCGCGCAAGGACAUGCUCACCAUGCAUACUUUUCUUCGAUGAGGUUGAUGCCUUAACAACAAAGCGGGGGAAAGAAGGAGGAUGGGUUGUUGAACGGCUAUUGAACCAGUUGCUUAUAGAGUUAGAUGGUGCAGAGCAGCGGCGGGGUGUAUUUGUUAUUGGUGCCACUAAUAGACCCGAUGUCAUGGACCGUGCUGUUUUGCGGCCCGGUAGGUUUGGUAAACUUAUUUAUGUCUCCCCGCCCACAAAAGACGAGCGUGGUUUGAUUUUAAAAGCUCUUGCAAGGAAGAAGCCUAUAGAUGCCAGUGUAGAUCUCAGUGAGAUUGGACAAAGGGAAACUUGUGAAAAUUUUAGUGGAGCUGAUCUUGCUGCACUGAUGAACGAAGCGGCUAUGGCUGCUCUUGAAGAAAAACUGACAUCCACACCUGAGAGGAGUUCAGAUGCAUCUCCAUGGACUAUCAAAGACACUCACUUUGAGCAAGCACUGGCUAAAAUUGCACCAUCUGUAACAGACAAGCAAAUGCAAUACUACCAGAAAUUUGGAGAGAGCCUCAAAGCACCAAGAAACAAAGCCUAAGCCAGAAAUGUCCCAUUGAAGAGCUAUAAACAACCCUGUACUCAAAGAAAUCCUGGUACGCAGCAACAUCUCCAAAGCUGCUUCUGUCCUUGUAUAUUGCAUUGUCACUCCCGUGCUGGAAGAAACUGUUUACAGGUGAUUUUUACUAGGGUCAAUUUAGUCCACUAUGAAAUGGCAGUCAGCAGUUUUGAUAAGCUCAGCUAUUUUUAGUGCUGCUCACUUGUCUGGUGAGAAUUCUUUACAGUUGUUCAUCAUUGGAUGUGUGCUUGGAUGCUCUUAUUGUUGGACUGGAAACUUGAGAUCUCCCAUUUUAAUACGUUCCCUGUACAAUGCCAUGACUCUAAUGAUAACUUUCUUAUCUUGAAUUUCACA